GGACCCCCGGCGUAAACGGUCACUUUAACAGGGACGUGUGCUCCAAGAAUAUUGCAAUUGGCAAUUACUCCGCACAUGGACGGCAUAAACAAGUACAACGAAUUUGUGGCGCUGCACAAGCCGCAGCUGGAGUCCUCGGCGAUUCCGGUUCACUUUUGGCCAGCUCUGUACCGGAAACUGGCCACGGACACCUUCGAUGCUGGCGAGGCACUGCAGCUAAUGCUGAUUGACUACGACGAGGAUGAGGAGCAGAAUCCCGCCGAGGACGACGACAGUCCCAAUCCGGUGUUCGCACUGGGCGUAGCCAGGGAGCAGGGCGUGAAGGCGACUGAUCCUCAGGCCAUCUACUUGAUAGACCACGCCUGGACAUUCAGGCUAAGCGGCGCCCGGCAGCAAUUGGAACAGCAUGCGCAACUGGCUGACCGACUGUCGGCCAUCACUGGCGUGGAUCUGGAGUUGGAGGACCGCGUCGACAAGAUCCUGCGCCGCCUGUGGAAGUACUGCCAAGCCUACUCCAUCGGCAGCGAGGGCUUGUCGGAUGAGGAGCGCCAGCCCAUCUGGUAUGUAAUGGACGAAGUGGGUUCGGCGGUGAAUCACUCGGAUGAUCCCAACUUUCGGCUGGUUCCGCUGCUCUACCUGAACACCCAGACCACCUACAGUGUGCUCUUCCCGAUUCGCGACUGCGAGGCCGGGGAUCAAGUCACCCGCGAUGUGGUGGAGUAUGUGGCCAAAGAGGCACCGCAACGGGCUGUUCUGCUUCUGCCGUGGCGCGAUGCUGAUCUAACGGGCGAAAGCUUCUUGCAGGUGGAGCCCCGGGCGGACUACUUCACCAGCGGUCACAUCCCAGAAACUUAUCCCAAAGACAACACCGAUCCACUGCCAGCCAGGUCGCGGUGCGAUCCCCUGAAGGUGUACGCCGAGUACGAGGUGGUGCGUCAGCAUCUCACUUCGCCCGAGUUCAUCCUGGUUGCCAAUGAAGACGAAGCCGAUGUCCUGUGGCUCACUCAUCAUUUCAAGAAAUUUGAGGAGCUUGCUGAUCAGUCGCCCGGCAAGUUCAUCAAUCAGUUUCCGUUCGAGUACGUGAUCACCAUCAAGGAUCUGCUCAGCAUUGUGGGACGACGGGCGGCCAAGGAGCACCACAAUGGCCUUACGCUGGAAACGUAUCCCAGUUGGCUGCCCACCACCUAUAACUUGUCCACGGAACUGAAGGAGUUCGCCGCCUAUUACCAAACGAGAGCAGCCAAGGGCCUCGAUAACCACUGGAUCAUCAAGCCCUGGAACUUGGCUCGCGGUCUGGACACCCACAUCACGGACAACAUCAAGCAGAUUGUGCGUCUGCCGGCUACUGGGCCGAAAAUUGCCCAGAAGUACAUCGAGCGACCGGUACUCUUUAGUCGCGAGGAGUUGGAGGGACGCGUAAAGUUCGAUAUACGCUACGUGAUCCUUCUGAAGUCCGUGAAACCCUUAAAGGCCUAUGUACACCGAAAGUUCUUCUUGCGCUUUGCCAAUCAUCCCUUCUCUCUGGAUCACUUCGAUGACUACCAGAAGCACUACACGGUGAUGAACUACCAGGAGGAGGCGCAGCUGCACCACGUCAAGUGCGACGACUUCCUGACCCUCUGGCAGGAGCAGUAUCCCGAUAACAAUUGGUCGACCCUGGAGCAGGAGAUCUGUAAAAUGCUUCAUGAGGUGCUGAAGUGCGCCAGUCAAGCGGAACCACCUUGCGGAAUGGCACCUUGUGCCCAAUCUCGCGCCCUGUACGCAGCAGACAUCAUGCUCCGCUGGAAGGACGAUGGGGAAAAGGUGAUGGAGCCGCAGUUGCUGGAGAUCAACUGGACGCCCGACUGUAAACGCGCUUGCGACUAUUAUCCCGACUUCUUCAACGACAUUUUCCGGCUGCUCUUCCUGGACGAGGACAACGACGAAAGCUUUCGGCUGCUGACGGCAGACAAUUGACAUGAUAAAUCGAUCAAUAAACAUGAUUUCCUAAUGCUUAAUGCUUA